ACAGUGACACGAGUGGGAGGAGAGUUAGCACGUUGAAGUUGACGUGGGUCAAAGACCUCGUCUCAUCCGACUUCUGCUCUUUUCUUUUCCUCUUCUCACCCUCUUUGAGACGUAUUACAUAUAUUUCCACAUUUCGACACCGACAGGGAGCAACAGAGAGACUUCCCCUCGCUGAUCUGUCACUAUUAUGGCCGGCAGCACCACCAAGACAGUGUACGACAUUUUUCAUAGUAUGGAAUACGGACCAGCAGCAGCUUCCAGCACCGCAACAGCACAGACGUGGCUGAAUCGUCAUUCUCACUCACUUGGUUUGUUCAUCGGUGGCGAGUUUGUCCGACCGGCAGGCCGAGCGACGUGCAUGUUAUCAGACUCUAGAGGUGCUGGUGUGUGCUUCAGCACGGUGUGUGCUGCGGAGGAAGAUGUUUCCCAGUGUGCCUCGUCUGCACUCAGUGGCUACAAAGCCUGGAGUGGGAUGACGUGCCACGACAGGGCGAAGGUGCUGCUCAGGCUGGUGGGUUCUCUGGGUCAGUACACCAAGUGUGUGUCAGAGCUGUGUGAUGUGUUCGAGGCCUCCUGCUCACCGGCCGCCCUGGUGAGACUCCUGCAGUACUACAGCAGCUGGGCUCAGCUCAGGGACACUGUCAUCAGCAACUGGACACCUCUGGGUGUGGUGGCUGCUGUGGCCUCUGACCGCUGCUCUCUUUAUUCCCUCAUGCUCAGAGUUCUUCCUGCUCUAGCUAUGGGAAACUCGGUCAUCAUUGUGCCUGGUCAGAGCACCACGCCUUUGGCUCUGCUCCUGGCACAACUGUUUGUAGGUGCAGGACUCCCUGCUGGUGCUCUGAAUGUUUUAACAGGAAGUGACAUCAUGCUGGGUGCCAAGGUGGCCCAGAACUCAAGCAUCAGCCACGUGACUUACUGUGGCAACAAAGAGGGUGCAGUCGCUUUAUGUAAGGCCACGGCAGGGAUGGGGUUAACACUGUCUGUUUCCCCCUGCAUCGGGGGCACCUGUCCUUUCAUCAUUUUUGAGUCAGCUGACAUCGACAGUGCUGUGGAUGAAGUGAUAGCAGCAGCUUUUAAAAAGAGGAAAGAGGUCCAGUGGGUGCUGUGUGUGCAAGAGAGUGUGUUGGACCGGGUCGUGGCCCGUCUGAAGCUGCGUAUGGAAGGGAUGAGCUGCGUGGGCCUGAGCAGUGAAGCAGACAGGACUUGUCUGGACGCUGUAGUACUGGAGGCUCAGCAGCAGGGGGCCAAGUUGAUUCAGCCCAGUCCUCCCCCUUUCCCAGGUGCUCUCUACCCCCCCACAGUGGUUUGUGGUGCUGCCCCCUCCUCACCUUUUGUGGUCACUCCAUGUCCUGGCCCGCUGCUGCCUCUCCUGACCUUCAGGAGCAACACUGAAGCAGUGACCCUGGGUAAUCACAGUCCUCACGGUCUGGCCGCUUCCAUCUGGACUGAAGACCUCACACUGGCUCUGGAGACGGCAAAGAGUCUGUCAGUGGGUUCGGUGUGGGUCAACUCCCACUCUGUGUCCGACCCUUGUCUUCCCAUCGCCGGUCACAAAGAGAGUGGAACCUGCACUGACGGAGGACGGGAGGGUUUGUAUCAGUACCUUCGUCCGUCCUCUUCUUCUCCUCCCCUUCGCUCCUCUCCUGUCUCCAUAGACUACACUAAGUUUGGAACAGCAGCUUCUCGCUCCUCUCCUGUCUCCAUGAACUACACUAAGUUUGGAACAGCAGCUUCACCUGUUGUUAUUCCUGAUGACUCUGCCAGCGCUCCGAAGUUUUACUCACAUUUUGUCGGAGGAAAAGCGUGUAAAGCCGAGUCUGGCUGCAGUGUGGCCGUGCAGCCACCAGGUGGGGGCAGCGUGCUGGGGUACUGUCCAGACGGAGGACGGAAGGAUGUGCGAAAUGCUGUGGAGGCAGCGAUCAAAGUGCAGCCUGGCUGGAUGAAGAAAAGUCCGACUGCACGUGCUCAGUCUCUCUACUCUCUGGCUAAAGGCCUGGAGUCGAGGAAAAAGGAGCUAGCAGCUACGCUUAGCAUCGCCAACGCCUUGUCACCAGAUGCGGCCGAAAAGGAAGUGGACCUGAGCUCAGCCAGGCUCAGUGAUUGGGCGGCCUAUUGUGACAAAAUCCAAGGAGGAACUCUGCCUAUGCCCCAGUCUGGCUGUGCUCUCUCCAUCCCUGAAGCCCUGGGCGUGGUAGGUCUGGUCCUACCUGACAGGAACCCCCUCCUCUCCAUGGUCACACUUCUCGGUGCAGCCGUAGCCACUGGUAACGCCGUCGUCAUGGUUCCCAGUCAGAUGUUUCCACUGGCCGCUCUGGCAUUCGUUCAGGUGCUCCAGUCUUCAGACCUGCCUGCUGGUUUGGUGAAUAUCAUCUCAGGAAAAAGGGAUCAGCUGACAGCAGCUCUAGCCAAUCACAGUGUCAUCAAGUCCAUCUGGUACUGGGGCAGUGCAGAGGGUUGUCAGUACCUGCAGUUCACCUGCAGCAGUCCACUCAAGACCCUGAGACUGUCCUGCCAGGAUACUGAAGGAGAGACAGACUGGUCUGAGCCGUCGCUGAUGGAGGAAAUUUCCACCCAGCGGAGUGCUGAUGGAACUUCUUUUCUGAAGAAGAUCAUGAGACAGGGGAUCAGGUUCCUGUUUCCUUGA